AAAAACUGAAACAAACGGUGCUUUUAAAACUGCAGUGUUAUCCAUAUUUUUCUUUCCUAUGUCUAUUCCUGUAUGCCAUCUGUCGCUUAUGCUUAGUUUGUACCUUACUUAAUCUCUAAGGUUUGUGUCACGAUCAUCCUAGCCCUGAGUCCGACUGGUGCCUAGCUGCUAGUAUGAAAAACCUAAUUAUCAAAACGUAGCAAAAUAGAACUUCCCAAUAUAACCAUGCUUUUUUAAUUUGAUAAGAUUUGGAUAGCUUUGUAUUUCCAACACCCCACAAUAUCCAACACUGAUAUCAAUAUAUAACUAGAAAUUUCUUAAUACAUGAUGUUCAAAUCUAUUAUGAAAAUAUCUAGUAUGUCCUUUUCCCUAUAGCUGAUGAAUAUUUUUAGUAUCUAAAUAACAUUAUUGAUGGCCGACAAACAAAGGAGGCCUACCAAAAGAUAAAGGAUGCCAUACUGAAUCUACUCUUAUUUCUCUCUUUAUUUCUCUUCUGCUGGGGUUUGGUCCUCUUCUUUCUCCUUCAUUUCGCUUGUCACUUGAUUUUCUUUCCGAGUCCAUGCUGGUUCCUCCAUUGCUAGAAGAAAUUUGUUGUUCCCAUUCUCUGACUCGGCACCUCUAAAUUCUGGCACAGGAAUGUUCUAGGCUGAUUUUAGCACCCACCCCUAUCACAACUUGUAGUUCAGCCAUUUAUACUCUGUUACUCUCCUUGAAUCAUCCAAUUUUUUUCAUCUAUGACUAUAAGUUGUGCAAACUUAAUCAACUCUCAUAUGACCAACCCCUGCAACUUCAGUCAAGGCCACACCUCUUUCAUGACCUGCAAGGAAGCUCUUUUUAGAGAUAUUCUUGCUCUAGCACCCGUUUUACAAAAGGCUUUGGAAGUGUGGGACCUACAAGUCAUUCCCCUCGAUUCUCCAGUUGCUGAGCCAGCCCAGAUUGACCCUGAGCUGGAAAAUGCCUUCAUUUGUCAUUUGCAAGAUCACUGGUUUUGCAUCCGCAAAGUGAAUGGUGAGUGGUAUAACUUUGACAGUCUCUAUGCAGCUCCACAGCACCUUUCCAAAUUUUACCUUGCAGCAUAUCUCGACUCUUUGAAAGGCUUUGGAUGGAGCAUAUUCCUGGUGCGAGGAAAUUUCCCAACAGAAUUUCCCAUCUCUUCUGAAUCCAACGGUUUCGGUCAAUGGCUUUCACCUGAAGAUGCUGAGAGAAUAACUAAAUCUUGCAACGCAGUACAGCAGGCUCCACAACAACAAAGAACUGUUGAAAGGCAACAACAUUCAAACCCAUUUCUUUCACGCGAAGAAGCUGAAAUGUUUUCGGACAUGGAAGAUGAGGAUCUAAAGGCGGCUAUAGCAGCUAGUUUGAUGGAUUCAACCCCAACCAUGACCAAUUUCGCUGAAGCCAGUACUCCUCAAAAUAAUGAUAAGCAAAAGAGUAUACAAGUGGAAACAAUUGAAGCUAGUGUACCUCCAAGUAGUGAUGAAAGCAACAAACAUGUGGAAGCUACUGAAGCUGGUUCUCUUCCGAAUGAUAGAAACAACCAACAAGUCUCGUCUUCUUUAGGUGGUGGUAACUCUCAAAGUGGAAUCCAGAAUAAAGAAAAUACUCCUUGAGAGAAGAUUGUGUUUUAUUUGUACCAGAUUUGUUUUUGCAAUUGAGGACAAUAAACUAUACCGGUUUAGUUGGUCGAAACAUACAUCAAUGGCUUAAGGUCAUGGUACUGUGCAGUAUACAUCAAUUGCAUAAUUUAUAAACUGUAAGGAAAACCCUUCAACAUUUUUAUUUGAAUAUGAAACUAUAAAGUUUUGACAAUGUUUUUUAAACCCUUUA